AUGGCGGCGCACAGCUUCCCCACGCCGCUGCAUGGGCACGUGGGCCGCGGCGCCUUCAGGGACGUGUACGAGCCCGCGGAGGACACGUUCCUGCUGCUGGACGCGCUGGAAGCGGCGGCGGCGGAGCUCACGGGAGUGGAAAUAUGCCUUGAAGUGGGGUCAGGGUCGGGAGUUGUAUCCACAUUCCUAGCCUCUAUGAUAGGUCCUCAAGCGUUGUACAUGUGCACUGAUAUCAACCCUGAGGCAGCAGCUUGCACCCUGGAGACAGCACGCUGUAACAAUGUUCAUCUUCAGCCAGUAAUCACAGAUUUGGUCAAAGGCUUGCUACCAAGAUUAAAGGAAAAAGUUGAUCUUCUGGUGUUUAAUCCCCCCUAUGUAGUGACUCCUCCUGAAGAGGUAGGAAGUCAUGGAAUUGAAGCCGCUUGGGCUGGUGGCAGAAAAGGUCGAGAAGUCAUGGACAGACUCUUUCCACUGGCUCCAGAUCUCUUGUCACCUGGAGGCUUAUUCUACUUAGUUACCAUUAAAGAAAACAAUCCAGAAGAAAUUUUGAAAACAAUGAAGACAAAAGGUCUACGAGGGACCACUGCACUUUCCAGGCAAGCAGGUGGAGAAAUCCUAUCAGUCCUGAAGUUCACCAAGUCUUAAUGUACAGUCUGCUGCAUAUCUUGAAAAAUCUAGAGAUAUGUUUUGAUUGAUAUGUUUUAUAUUGAAUAUAUUGAAUAUAUGUAUAUUGAAUAUAUGUAGAAGCUGAAGGUAUUCAGCAUAUUUUGAAACUAAAUCAUUUCUUAAUGAGUAAAAUUAUGAGAAAUUCAUAGAUAGAAUCAAGAGUUCAUAGGUAGAAUCAAGAGUUCCUUUUACCCAGGAGAGAUCUAUCUUAUUUGUACAGGCGCGCGCGCGCACACACACACACACACACACACACACACGCGAUCUAAUUUACAUUUUAUAUGUAAAUGGUAUUUAUAAAUUAAAGAAGAUUCAGCUCAGCAUUACCUGUAAUAGCAGAACAAUGAAGUCAACCUAAAUGUCCCAUCAGUAAAGGGUUUGGUAAAUCAUAGUAUAGCCAUGCCACAGAGCAUGAGUAACAUUCCCAGCCCCUAAACAUGAGUCAGGUAUAUAGUGAACCAGAAAGGGUUCAUAAUGUACUUAUGAGUGAGAAAAAGCAAACUGCAAAAUAGUACUAUCAAUAUGUAUAUUUCUGAAAAGUCAGAGAAGGCAUGUUUGAAUGUGUAUAUAGGAAAGUCUGGGAAGUUAAACAAUGGGUGGGAAUGGAGAAACUUUCACAUUAU